CACUAAUGCACACAUUCAGUGCUUUCAGAUUUGGCGCCGAGCAGAAGUCAGCACGUCCCCAACUCAGAGUGACAAAGAGGAUCCCAGCAUACCUUCUCGUCAUGAGUUAUUCUGCCAAAUUUUGUCUUGUGCUACUUUUAACAUGCUUGUCGCCAAUUAGGGCGCAAGAUGAUGGAUGGUGCUUGGUAGAUUAUGCCAUGGGCAUAGGAGGAGGUGCAAUAGCAGUAGCUGCAGCCCCAUUUGCUCUAUCUGCUAUAGGAUUCACCACUGCAGGUGUUGCUGUGGGUUCAGUUGCUGCUGGUAUCCAGUCUGCAGUAUAUGGGGGAGCUGUGGCUUCAGGCAGCAUAUUUGCAGGCCUUCAAAGUGCAGGUGCAGCUGGCAUAGGAGUGAAGGCAUCUGCUGCUAUCUUUUCUUCAGUUGCAGGAGCGGCCACUUACAUCAAGAAAAGCGUUGCUCCAUGUGAGGAAGGAUCAAAAUGUUAUUCACACCAGGAGUAACUUAGACUGUGGAAUGACUUUCAUAUAUUGGGAAUGUUUUGUAAUUGAUUGCUUAUAGUUGUGUUAAUAGCAUUACAUCAGGGCAGUUUCAGGAAAUUGCUUAAGUUAAGAAUAUUGAAAAUAACAUUAAAUUUCCACACAACAGUUCUUUAGUUUCCUAUUGUCUCCUAGAGAUAAAUUCAUAAUUAAGAAAUAUUUGGAUCAAAAAAUCCUCCACAGACCUGCAUUGAAUUCAUGAAAAGUAAGCUUUUUUUCUUGAUAAGGGAUAUAUAUUGAUAAAAUAAUUUUUUUACAUAAUAGCUGAGCAUUGCAUUGGCCAAGUUCUCCUUCUGCAUACCAGUAGUCUCAGUUCCAAGACAUUAAAGUUAAAGUCCAUAAAAAAGGCAGUUAUGUGGAAUCAUCCUAUCGAACAAGCUUGAUCAGGAAGGAAUUUAGUGCAUGGCAAAAGUAUUACACUAAUGAAUAGUAUGAUGAGUAUUACACUAAUGAUAUGCCAAUUAAAUUCACAAAUUUCACCAG